GGUGGUACAGCCAGGCAGUGAGCGGCAGAGCUUUCAAUCAAAGCUCACAGUGCGCCGCGAGCAGCCAAUCAGAGCGGCUCACACAGCACCAGCUCCCAGAACCCCCUGCGCCCCACUACCUGGGCACCCGGUCUGCCAGCCGUGUCUUCCGCCAGCACUGAUUACACAUGGCGCUCCAGGAGACUUUGGACGUUUACAAAGAUACUCUCUUAAAAUAUUUCUAUGAUCUCAAAAGCGUGGUUAACGGGAGGUUCCAAGAAGUGGAGCCAUGUCAUCUAAUCGCCUUGACCUGUGCAUCCACCUUGGCCUCUGUAUGGAUCUACCAAUUCCUCUUCCAACGUGAGAGUCUGAAAUCCAGGUGUAAAAAGCAGUUUUUCCGUAUUUUAAGAAGACUACCUUUCAUCGGUACAAAGAUCCAGAGCGAGCUGAAUAAAGCUCUAGAUGAAAUGUCUGAACGAAUGGUUGGAGAGAAUGUAGGAAUCCGCUAUGUGAAAACCCUACCUCCAACUGGUCUCAAGCAGGAACAAGUCUUGGAGAAGUUAAAGGAAUAUUCUGCCCUUAGUCAUGUGUCUUGGAAAACAGGGAAGGUUUCGGGGACAGUGUACAAUGGAGACGAUAAACUGACACAACUGCUUGUAAAGGUGUACGGAGAGUUUGCUUGGAGCAAUCCCUUACAUCCUGACAUUUUCCCUGGUGUACGUAAGAUGGAAGCUGAAGUAGUGAGAAUGACAUGUUCCUUGUUCCAUGGAGGUCCAGAUGCCUGCGGGACGGUGACAUCUGGUGGCACAGAGAGCAUUCUGAUGGCCUGCAAAGCUUAUCGAGACUAUGCGUACGAGAGGGGAAUCAAGCACCCAGAAAUCGUUGCCCCUGUCAGUGUGCACGCAGCCUUCGAUAAAGCAGCACAUUAUUUUGGAAUGAAGAUUGUACAUGUUCCGCUUGACUCCAAAACAAUGCAGGUGGAUGUAAAGGCAAUGAAAAGAGCCAUUUCUUCAAACACGGCUAUGUUAGUCUGUUCAGCUCCUCAGUUUCCUCAUGGUGCCAUCGACCCCAUUGAAGAAGUGGCGAAGCUUGCCUUGAGAUAUAAGGUCCCAUUCCACGUUGAUGCCUGUCUGGGUGGUUUCCUCAUUGUAUUCAUGGAGAAAGCUGGGUUCCCGUUAAAGCCAUUUGACUUCAGAGUAAAAGGCGUGACCAGUAUAUCUGCAGAUACACACAAGUAUGGUUAUGCACCCAAAGGAUCUUCCGUGAUCUUAUAUAGCAGCAAAGAGUACAGACACUUCCAGUUCUUUGUCGCCCCCGACUGGCCAGGCGGUAUCUAUGCAUCUCCUGUUAUAGCUGGUUCCCGUCCUGGUGGGAUUAUAGCAGCUUGUUGGGCUUGCAUGAUGCACAUUGGAGAAGAUGGCUAUAUAGAAGCCACCAAGAAUAUUAUUGAGACCGCACGUUUCAUCCAGCUAGAGUUGCGUAAGAUCAAAGAUGUUUUCAUAUUUGGGAAUCCUGAAGUCUCUGUAAUUGCAGUGGGGUCAAAGUCGUUUGACAUUUACCAUCUGUCUAAUGCUUUAACAGAGAAGGGCUGGAAUCUUAACACGCUUCAGUUUCCACCUAGUUUUCAUAUAUGUCUUACCGUGUUGCAUACAAAGCCAGGUGUUGCACAACAGUUUGUGAAAGAUGUCCAAGAGUCUGUCGCGGUUAUAAUGCAGAAUCCUGGGGCAAAAACCACUGGAGUGGGUGCCAUUUACGGGAUGGCACAAGCCAUUCCUGACCGGACCAUGGUGACCGAAAUUUCCCAAGCCUUCCUGGACUGUUUGUACACCACAGACAGCAGCUUGUCUAACAAACAAGUAAACGGUGCAUCCGGACACCACUAGGCCUUGCUUUCAUCUUCUGCUCGGUACGGUGGAAAAUAGCAGCCACACACAAGAAAAUUGCAGGGACUUGAAAACCACAGGCUGCUGAUAUAAACAUUUAGGACUUUUGUUUUAGUUUUGUUCAUACAUGUUUUCAUGCCUGUAAGCAGAAGUUCCUGUUAUCACAAUUCGUAAGGUACUUGUCAUUAAUUCUAUUGUUCUGUGGACUUUCUUCUUAAGCAGGGUAAGAGGGUUUAACCUAUUUUUAACAUUCAUACUGUGGUAACACUUUACAAAUAUUAUACAUUCCUCAUUUAAUCUGUCUGUUGGCGCCUCUCCUGAGCUUAAAACCCACGAUGUGUGCCUCCUGGGCCAGUUCCAUCAGACUUUGCCCAAGUGUGUUCCUCGUGGGUGAUAUCUAAUGCUUGUGUUUGGCAAACAGAAUAUGGUUAUUUAUUUAGCUCCGUAACCCUCCUGAGCAACGUCUGCCAACAAAAAAAAAUAUUUUCAAUUUUCCCCUUUUUUUAAAAAUGUUCUUUUCUGUCAUUUUUGUUUAAAUAUCUGAAACUUCACUCAGUUUGUCUUCUUUCUGUUUGUACUAUGAAGACAUUUUAUUUUUUUUUGUUCUGUGCUUGAUGGUUUUGUAAAAUGACUUAAUGGGCAUUCGUAUUUUGUGGCGGUCAGGGUUUUGUUUUGGUUUUGUUUUUUCUGCCAAACUUAUUUUAGUUAACUGUUUUCUUUUUUUACUGUUGGAACAAAGUCAUAGCACUAUAUACCUCUCAAAUGUUGUGUAACCAUUGUGACCUAUCCAAUCAUGGUUUUACCGCAGGUCUGAAAGAAGGUUAAAUAAGUUUUAGCACACUUUGCCAGAUUAAUUGCCAACAGCUGGUAGUUUGAAUUGAGAACUCUGUGUCUUUAUAAACAUGGCCACCAAGUGGUCCUAGUUUUGUCAGCAAAGCCUGGACUGUGUGUGCUUUGAGAACCACUGCCCUCGGCACUCAGUUAUGUGAUCUAUAAGGCAUGGUUGAAGGAGGGAAUCCGUGACCUGGGAUUUGAAAUGUCAAGAUUUGCCAGCAGUGCCUGUGCUAGUGAAUCCAUUAAAUGUUGUUCUAGGUGCCAGGACUUGAAUGGGCUCUAUUACAGAUUAACGUCUUGUUGGACUUCACUUCAAUAAGCUUAAGCACAUUAGACUUUUUUUUCCCUCUCUGUCUGCCCAUAAUCUGCAUCUCCUUGUAACCUUAGUACUUGGCCGUGUCUCCAAGGGAUAAUCGCGGAGUGAGAAAAUGUAUGCUUUGCGAUAUGUAUUUGUCCAUUAUAGUCCUAACAAUUAAAAUACACCAAGGCAACCAAUAAGUUUUGCUUGAAUAAUUGUAAUACUAUUUUUAUUCAUUAAACUAUUUGCCUUCCUGAGCAAGAUCACAAAAACAUAUGCUCAUAACCCAGUAUAUUUCUAGUAAAAAAAUGGCAAUUGGAUUUCUUUCUUCUUACUGUUGAGCUUGACAUCUAAUUUAGUGUCCUACCCAGACCAUGCCCAACUUCUUAAGAUGUAUCAUUGGGAUCUGUAGAACGUACAUCACUACUGGGGAGAAAAACCAAAAACCCUUGAUUAUUUUAUACUCUGUGGUUAGUGUUGAAUUUGAUGUUUCAGUGGUGUAACUGGUUCAAAUGAUGGUUAGUUUAUAAAUUGUUUUAGAAACUUACUGGUAUUAAAGCCACAUUUAACACCAUCCAUUCUGUCUAUAGAUGGGUUUUAGUAAGGACUUGGCUCCCAUUCUGUCUGACAAACAAGGCUAAUCUUCUAAUCCCACAGAUGAUAUGGUUCAAUCAUUGCCAUAUAGCACUGCAUGGUUUAUAUACGCAAUGCCAUUUGAUUA